CGUCUCGGGAUGUUCAUGAAACAAGUACUACCAGCAUAAAGGCUACAAGUUGGUUGCGUAGCAGCAAGAAAUAUAGGUAUAUUCCUCGAUUCUAUCUCAGCCGCAAACCCGCAGCAAAUUCGCAUCAUGAGUGGCCAACGCGACGCAGCCUCGAAGCGUAAGCAGCAAGGCCGUGUAAACAAGUUGCAGGGUAAGAGCUUGGUUCCAGGCAGCAACAAUGGUAGCCGCAAAGACACGGGCCUCCCUUCUUUCUUCAAGCAUCGAAAGCAGGCUCUUGCCACGGUGGCUCAGCAAGGAGGGCAACAGACCAAUGGCAAGGGGAAGGAGAAAGAGAAGGCCACAGCGGAGGGCAUCGAAGGAGAUGCAAUGGAGACCGACGGUGCUGCCACUCACACACUGUCUGAAGGAGUGGCCAAGACUCAAGAGGAGGCAGGUACUGGGGAAGAUUUGAGCUUCACGUUCUCUGCUGCUUCCGCGUCCAACCCCUUUAGCAGCGCAGCAGCCGAUCCAGCAUUAACUGGUCAACGAGACUCUUCGUUGAGAGCGUAUGCAUCUCAGCUUCGCAAGCUCCUUACCACAAGCGAUAUCCUCCUUGAGGUCCUCGACGCUCGUGACCCUCUCUCUUGUCGCUCCUACUCGACAGAAACUCUUGCAUUGGGACAAGGGAAGAGGAUCAUCCUCAUCCUCAACAAGAUCGAUCUCGUGCCGCGUGAGAACGUCGAAAAAUGGCUCAAAUACUUGCGGCACGACUUUCCGACUCUGGCGUUUAAGGCAUCAACGCAGAUGCAACGUAAAAACCUUGCCCAAGGCGCUGGCUCUGUGCCGCUAUCGAAUGGCUCAACCGCAGCGCUCACUUCUGGCUCAGAGGCACUGGGUGCACAAGCGCUCCUUCAACUCCUCAAGAACUACUCGCGGAAUCACUCUCUCAAAAGCUCACUGACCGUCGGUGUCUUUGGAGCACCUAACGUGGGAAAGUCCAGCAUUAUUAACUCUCUGAAGCGCGCCAGGGUCUGUGCAGUAGCCAGUACCCCAGGGCACACGAAGGUCCUUCAGAGUGUUGCACUCGACAAGAAGAUCAAAUUAAUCGAUUGUCCUGGCAUCGUGUUUCAGGAGAGAGAUGGUGCAGGAGGAAGUCGUACUGCCGCUGGAGGUCAACAGAUGGAUGGGAUGGCUGCCGCUUUGAGGAAUGUCGUCAAGGUCGAGCUCCUCCAGGAUCCGGUUUCACCCAUUGCUGUCGUUCUCUCGCGCGUGCCUCUCAGCCAAUUGGAGACACUUUAUUCGCUUCCAUCCACAUCGUCGGACCACCAGCCUCCCCCGCACGAGCCCAUGCCUGCACCUAGCAUGGACGAUGUGCAGUCUCUCCUCCUACGUCUCGCCCUGCGCAAAGGCAGACUCCUGGCUAAAGGCGGUGCGCCCGACAUCGAAGGUACUGCGCGGACUGUGCUGCACGACUGGAACACGGGUAAGAUAAAGUAUGCUACUCAGCCACCUGCUGUCCACCGCUCGGCAGUUCUCUCCUCAACAAAAGCCAACACGAUCAACAAGGCUGGCCUGAACAUGAAGGACAGCGUAAACGCAGAGAUAACAAAGACGAAAGAGCAGCUAGAGUCGGAAGCAGCUACAGCCGCGAUCGCAGCGACAACGUCUAUCAAGACAUCCUUUGAUGCGGAAUUUGACCUUGCCGGCUUACUCGGCGAAGCAGAUGCCGAGGCAUUGAUGGGCGCUGGAAGCGAGGUCAAUGCCGUGGCAUCAGAGAUGGGCACAUUCGAGACACCACAGACAGUACUUUCUGGAAGAGGUAGUCUCGCUGACUCCGAUGGCAAGGCAUUACUCCAAGCCAGGGAGCCAAAGUUUGUUGGCGCAGAGCAACCCGACAUUGCGACGAAGGAGCAAGCGAUGCUCCUUGCGGACACAAGCAACCAGACUAUCAAGAGCUUGGGAAAGAGACGCAGGCGUCCCGAUGACGAUGCGAACAUCCUUGCCGACUCAGAUGAUGCAGGUGAUCCGCGGACCGAGUCGGACUCGGACAGUGACGAUGACGGUCCUUCAGGCGGACCAUUCCGUGCCGAAUUGAUCCCACCUCGAAAGCAAGUUCGUAUCGAUCCAACGGCAACAUUGCAGCAUGCAGCAGUAGCGAACACGGAACCUGCUGAAGCAGAAGAUCUGCCCUCCUGGCUGGAGCGACAACGAAGCAAAGCCUCAAGCGAGCGCAAGAGCAAGAAAGACACAGGGCCGCAAGCGGAAGCGAAGCAAACUGGGAAGCUCGCCCUACUCUCCACUGUCUUCUCACCGUCAGAGCUCGAGAACAUGGCGGUAUCUCGAGGAUCGGCUCGCAAGAAAGCGAAGAAGCAAAAGCGGAGGGCCGAGAAGGGCUCGGCUGGCGGCCUCACGGACAUCAUGGAGACAGCAAUGGAUCUUGUCGAAGAUGCAGACGAUGAUGCGUUCAUUGCACAGGAUGUUGACGAGGAUGUGGAUUUCUUGGCUGAUCCCACCGGAAAGCAGGACGAAGCAGCAAAGGUGAUAACCCAACUGCCCAAACAGCCCGCUCAUGCAAUGGUGGACUUCAAUGCAGGGGACGAGUCGGAGGAGGAACUUUAAUGUACUCUAAGAGUGCCAAAG